GAAUAUCUGGUCAAAUCAACAAAAGACCGUGCUUAACUUUGACCUUCCGUGGCCAUCUCCUCCCUCGACCUCGAGUCGGUCUGUCAUCCUCCUCUCCUCUCCAAAUUUCACCACCGCCACCCUUGCAUAUGAUAUGAAAGCCUUUUGGUCUUCUUCGCCCUUUUAUUUUUCCUUGUUCUUCUCUUGAAUCUCUGCCACCCACUUGCUGAUUACUGAAGAGUCUUCAAAAAGGGAAGUUUGGGUUGAAGAUUGAUUUGUUAUUUCUGUCUUUCUGCGCAAUUUCUCAUAAAUUGGAUACGGUGCUAUACGCUGGGUAACAAGAAAUGCAAGAUCAAAGGAGACUUUCAUCUGAUGAAACUUUAGUUCCCAAGUCACGGAAAAAGAAAUCCUCAAUGCAGAAGGCUUCCAUGCUUCCCUUGCAACGGGAAAAUGUUAAGAAAAUACAAGACUUGCGUGCUCUUCCAUUUCAGACGGUGCAGAAGCCAUCUAAGAGAGGCUUGGUAAAUGCAGUUUCUGCAGUUUCACAACCACCUGACAAAUCAACCUCAGACUCAUCUCCAUCAUCUGGAAAUGAUUAUCGGGCUUUGAGACGCAAGUAUUUGCUUCUAGAGGAGGACAGCUUCGGGCUAGGAAGGGACUUAAAAGUUGUUGAAGAUGACAUUAAGGCCCUUGAAGAAGAGAAAUUAUCACUAUUAGAUGAGCUUGUUGUGUUAGAAGGCCUGAUCGAUCCUCUAGAAGUUUCCAAGGCCAGUGAAUAACUCGAUUUUCCUGUUCUCUGGAGGUGGUCCAGUCUAGAGUACUUGAUUUGUAGAUAUGAGAUGAUACAAUUUAUAGAAACAAGUUCAGUCCCACCUCGAUUAUUAAUCCUAAUGUAUGCUUCUGAAACAUAUACUUGUGAUGCUCGCAAGCGGCUGGUUCUUGGUGGAAUUUUUGACACUGAUCGGGGUUGGAUUUUUUAAGUAUUGUAAACUUAUUGUUUUCUUCUUUUUAUUUUUUACAUUUGGUCACAGUUGGAGAUUA